AUGUAUUCAUCAACAGCACGAAUAUUCAGUGCUGGAAUUUUCUAUUCCUUGAUAAUCUUUACUAAUCAAAAAUAUACGCCAGAUUGGGAUUCAUUGGAUAAACGAUCAUUACCUUCGUGGUAUGAUGAAAGCAAAAUAGGGAUAUUUAUUCAUUGGGGUGUCUUCAGUGUACCAUCGUUUCGUUCCGAAUGGAUGUGGUACUCAUGGAAAGGCGAUAAUCCAAAUCCAGAAACAGUGGCUUUUAUGGAGAAAAAUUAUCCUCCUGAUUGGACAUAUGCAGAUUUUGCAGAACAAUUUCGCGCGGAAUUCUUCGAUCCGUACGAAUGGGCGGAUAUACUUGAGGCAUCCGGAGCGAAAUAUGUUGUACUAACCAGUAAACAUCAUGAAGGUUUUACUUUAUGGCCAUCGAAAUAUUCAUUCAAUUGGAAUGCAAUGGAUGUUGGUCCUAAACGAGAUUUAGUUGGUGAUUUAGCUGAUGCUAUUCGUAAUCGAACGAAUAUUACUUUUGGUUUAUAUCAUUCACUAUACGAAUGGUUCCAUCCGCUGUUUUUAGAAGAUAAGAAAAAUGAAUUUAAAACACGAUAUUUUCCCACGAUGAAAACUAUUCCGGAACUAUAUGAAAUCGUUGAAAAAUACAAACCAGCUGUGAUCUGGUCUGAUGGUGAUUGGGAUGCACAAGAUACAUACUGGAAUUCAACAGGCUUUCUCGCUUGGCUUUACAAUGAAAGUCCUGUGAAAGAUAUUGUUGUUGUUAAUGAUCGAUGGGGUUCGGGAAUUAUGUGUAAACAUGGUGAUUUCUAUACAUGCUCAGAUCAUUACAAUCCAGGGCAUCUCGUCACACACAAAUGGGAGAAUUGUUUCACCAUUGAUAAAAACUCAUGGGGUUUCCGUCGAUCUGCCAAAUUCUCAGAUUAUAUAAGUAUUGAAGAAUUACUGAAAGAACUUGUCAUUACGAUUAGUACUGGUGGCAACGUUUUGAUCAAUGUUGGCCCUACUGCUUACGGGAAGAUUGCACCAAUCUUUGAAGAACGUCUUCGUCAAAUGGGAUCCUGGCUCAAAGUCAACGGUGAAGCCAUCUACCACAGUGUUCCAUGGAAAUAUCAAAAUGACACCAUCAACUCCAAUGUUUGGUACACUGCAUCAAAAGAUGGUCAAUCUGUGUAUGCAUGUCUUCUUGUUUGGCCAAACAGCACAAGUGAGAUCAAUCUUGGCGCACCGGUAACCUCAGCAAGCACAACAGUAUCACUUCUUGGGUCGUCUGGUGGUCCAUUGAACUGGCGUUCGGGAGGUGCAAGUGGUGGAAUAGUAAUUGAUGUAUCAAGUGUAAAAAUCUAUUCGCUCGCAAGUGAUUGGACAUGGGUAUUCAAGAUGCAGAAUAUUCGUAGCUCUAAAGCAACCGUCGUAGACAAAGAAGACUAUGAGAACUACUAA